AAGAGGUAGUCUGUCCAAGCAUUUGGGAAGAUACUCCCUGGGAAGAUGAUCCAGAGUUUGAUCCAAAUGAGUUAGCAGUAACUCAAGAAGAAGAAGAUGAUCUAGAAUCUUAUUAUUUAGGACUCCAAAAUCAGGAGUUGGACUAUCCAGUAUUAACACCUAUUCAAGAAGAGACAACAACAUUUCCACAAGACCAAGUGUCACAAGAAGAAGAAUCAGAGCAAUAUUGGCAGCAAGUAGUCCAACAUAUGGAGCAAAUUGAAAGUCAAUUACCGAUGCAAAACGGAUGGCAUAACCCAAUACCACUGGAUUAUUCUUUUGAAGACUUUAUUGACCGAAUUCCUGAAGGAAUACCUCCAGGAGUUUGGUAUGAAAUAUAUGAAAAUCCAGAACAAGUAGAAUAUGAAGUUUACAAUGUGCCUGAAGAAAUUCAUAAUGAGGUAAUAAGUGUGGAUCAAUUAACUAAUAAUGUCUCAGCUCUUAACUUGCAUCAGGAGCAUGAAGUGGCACAUGUCAACACGGAACAUUUGGAAUAUCCAAUGUUCAAACAAUUGGAAAAAGCCCUGGCUUCAACUUCUGAAUCUGCGAUUUCCAAUUACAAACAACCUAAUGAGCCUCUUAUGGGACAAAUCAAUUAUCCACCAGCACAAGGAACGACUCCUCAGUUUAAUGAUAAUGGGCAAUUCAGAGGAAGGUUUAAAGGCAAAGCAUUGGAACAUAAUACUUGGGUAUUACCAUCUGCUCAACAAAAUACUGGUGCCAUGCUAGUAUUACCAGAAGACAUAGGUCAGUACCAUGAUGUUAUUUCACGUUGGGAGUCUAUUACUAAUAAUUUAGUAAAUGACCGAACAUGGUUAGACAACAAACAAAAAGUGCAAUUUAUUGAAAAUCUAUUGGGAGAAAAUGAGAAAAAAUGUGGAUACAAUGGCGUAUGAUGUAUGCACAGGAAUAUGAGGAACUCAUUCAGAUGGCAGGAGAAACCCAGAAUGUGUUAUCAGCCAUCAGACGAUUUAUUCUACUGGAAGAUCCAUACCAAGACUCCGUCUUUCUUUUCAACAUUAAAGCAGGAUGCUGCUGCUGGUUCAUCUAGCAUGAUGUCACUGAGGGCAUUAGCGCUAAUUGGAGCUAGUAUUUCUGGUAUUCUCAGCUUUGGUACUAUUACGUCAGCAGAUGAAGCAGAACAUGGCUUACCAGCGCCUAACUAUCCGUGGCCUCACAAAGGCAUUCUUAGUUCUUAUGACCAUGCAUCGAUUCGCCGUGGUCAUCAAGUUUAUCAGCAAGUUUGUGCUUCUUGCCAUUCAAUGUCUCUUGUUUCGUAUCGAGAUCUUGUGGGUGUGGCUUACACAGAAGAAGAGACAAAAGCAAUGGCAGCCGAGAUUGAGGUGGUUGACGGUCCUAAUGAUGAAGGAGAAAUGUUUACUCGCCCUGGUAAAUUAAGUGACCGCUUCCCGCAGCCAUAUCCAAAUGAACAAGCAGCCAGAUUUGUAAAUGGAGGGGCAUAUCCUCCAGACCUUAGCCUGAUCACCAAGGCACGACACAAUGGCCAAAACUAUGUGUUUGCUCUUCUUACUGGUUACCGUGAUCCUCCAGCUGGUGUUGCGAUUCGAGAUGGGCUGCAUUAUAAUCCAUACUUCCCAGGUGGUGCAAUAGCUAUGCCCCAAAUGCUCAUCGAUGGUGCUGUAGAAUAUGAAGAUGGUACUCCUGCCACUGAAUCCCAGAUGGGAAAGGAUGUUGUUACCUUCUUGUCUUGGGCAGCAGAGCCAGAAAUGGAAGAGAGAAAGCUGAUGGGGUUCAAAUGGAUUUUCGUACUGUCACUUGCUCUUCUCCAAGCCGCCUAUUAUCGACGUUUGAAGUGGUCGGUCUUCAAGUCGCGAAAACUAGUGGUGGAUGCUGUCAACUAAUCUGCUUGUUUUAGUUAGAACAGCUUCCAUAUGAGGACCAAAUCGCAAUAAUGAGUGAUGCAAUGUUGUCAAACUACAUCACAACCUGUUUUCUACACUUUUUUUUUUUAAAAUAAUAAUUUGUUUUUUUUAAGCUAAGGCUUAAAAUUUA